AUGGCAGGUAUCACUCGCGGAACAACAUCAUUUAAUAAAGAUUUUAAUAAACAAAUAAGUAUUUAUUCUAAUGAUCAUCCUGAUUCAUCAUCAAGUAUUGAAAAUCUAACGAUUGAAUUUCGACAACGCACUCAAUUAACUUAUUUACUUUCAUCGGAUUUUGUUCAAUCAUCAGCUAAUUUUAUCUAUCCAAAUCUUAGAAUUAUUUCUUCUGGUUAUUUUUUUCAUCGAAAUACUCAUACGGAUAAAAAUUCCAUAUACAUAUAUUCAAAUACAUUCAUUUCAAAUAAAACUGUACCAUUAAUUUUUCUUGGAAGUGAAUAUUUUUUACGUAAAUCAAUAAAUUUUGAACAUUUAAAAUUUCCACUUUCAACAAAUGAAAAUAUUGAACCAUUAGUUGAUCUGUUUAUAAAUCGUCCACAAUUUAUAAGAGAAAUUCCUGAAUUAAAUGAUUUAUCAAAUUAUAUUUUUUUACCAAAAUCAAUAUCAGCUUUAUUAUUUUUUGAUUCAUCAUCAAAUCAAUCUGCACGUCAUUUAUGUUAUGAAUUACGUACAAAAGAAAAUCAUAAUAAAUUUACAAUAAAAGAUUUAUUAUAUAUGUCACAACGUGAAAAUAAUAUUAUACAAAUGAAUGCAUUAAAUGAUAAACGAUAUCAUGAAUUUAAAAAUCAAUUAACAGAUAUUUAUUAUUAUGAAAAUUCUUUAUCAUCAUCAGAACAAAAACAAACGAAAUUAAAUUUUUUAGAAAAAACAACAAAAAUAAAAUCAUCUAAUCUUCGUCCUUCAUUACAUAAACAUUCACGAAUAAAAACUCGUCCAACAAUUGUAACUUCGAUAUUAUCUUAA